CCCGUCAUCCAAAUGACGGCACAUUUUGAUUUGAGAUUGUAUAGUAUAAUUUUGCCAAUUCUGCGGAACAUUUGUGAUUAGUUCUAAUUAAAUUUGCAGUUGUUUACAAUUUCAGCUGGGGGCUCUUGAGAGUCGGGGGUUUUCUUCGCCAUUUGAUUAUGCUCAGGAAAUUUAAUUGCUGGAGGUCGUCGGCACACAGAACUCGUUUAGAACUCCGACGUCAUCGCGGUCAGGUCGAAAGCUAUAUAAAGAGACCAGGCGGGGGAUCAGCUCGACCAUAGUUAGAACAUUGGGUGAACAAGACAACGGAGACGGAACGAUGCGCAUUUACCACCUGAAUCUAUUAGUGCUAAGUGCCGGCCUACUGGUCCUGCUGGCAAAGUCGGGGACGACGGCCCCCCAGGCGGAUGAGGAUGUACAGCAACUGACUCUGGCGGAUGUAAAUCAGGCGGAGGAGCAGCAGGAGAUGCCGGCUGUUCGCCUGGCCAGGCAAUUUGGAUUCGGCCGUGGAGGAUUCGGCAGAGGACGCGGCGGAUUCGGCGGAUUUGGCGGAAGGCGAGGCGGCGGUGGAUUCCGGAGACCCGGUUUCGGUGGCGGUGGAUUCGGUGGAUUCUACCCACCGCCACCGCCCUUCUUCGGCGGCCCCUUCUACGGCUAGGUGUUAUUAAUUUAAUGUGCAUAUAUGUGAUACGAUCAGACCAGGAUUAGCUACUAAUAAAUCAACACGAGCUGCUGCUCUCAUUAUCCUACCAAGUGCAGAACCAGUUUUUAUGGGGGAAGUACUCUUUUUUUUUAUAUAUCCAUGGCAAGAAGUGCUCAGCUGUAUUAAAUAUUAUGGGCGUUAAACGAAAGCGGUAUAUGAAAAUCUCUGGAAAUGUUCAUAAAAUAGAAAGAGCACUUUAUCUGCGGCCAAGUUUAAAUAUUAAAUUUAUAACUCUUUUUAAAAAGACAAAUCUAGAUUUCUAAUGAUAAGUUGCAAACUGGCAGAGCUUUGAAAUAAAUCAAAAGAAGUCGCUUCUGUAAUUGCCAAAAGCAA